CAACUGCAAUUACGAAAUAUCAUACAGUCUCGCAACGCAUGAUGAGACAUCUUCGCAACAGUUUCUCCAAACAAGGCUCCCACUGGUGCAAGCGGCAGAGCAGAUAGCAGACGAAUUAGCUGAGGCCUCGACUCCACUGUGAGUUAACUACCCCAGUCACAACUACCGUAUAGUGGUGGAAAGAGACGCCGUUGGGAACUUUAACAGCGUAAGACUUCGUUCAAGGCUUACUUGUUGCGAUACGGCGUACAGCAGACCAUCGACACACAUUCCGAUCGAUGAAUUCUGGGGACCAGAUGAUGAAGGAAAUCCGGAGCCCUGGGUGUAUGAUGAAAAUCCUGAGGCGCAUGAUGAAAGAAUCCGGAACCUCUGGGCAGUUCCGUACCCCCAGACGCAUGGCCUUAACAGGUUACCGGCUACUUACCCCGUUCCUCCUGGCGGAGAUGCCCAUCCAGCUGACAAUCCGCCUGAAGGAGAUGCCGACCCAGUUGAUGAUGCGCCUGAAGGAGAUGAGCCUGAAGGAGGUGCGCCUGAAGGAGAUGCCCACCCAGUUGAUAAUGCGCCUGACAGAGAUACCCAUCAAGCCGAUGAUGCGCCUGCACCACACCAGAGCCCCGACGAGCCAGAAGAGGGGCUCAAUAUUAUGAGAGGCCUAUGAGCAGCACAAAGAACACACAAGUGAUGCAAGAGGAACCUUGGGAUGUCAUGAAGAAGCUAUAUUGGGUAGCGCCUCGAAGGACUUAGAAACCACAACUGAGGGCUGUAUUCACUCUGUAACAGCGUUUGAUGGCAAACUACUCUUAAUGGCCAUAUUCGAAGCCUCAGUCGGAGGAAUGCAAGGUGCUGUUUGCAUGGAGGUGAUUCAUCCACAUUGAGGAAAGCUUGUCAGCCAGUCGAACUCCAAAUCAGCGCAAGUUGAAGAGGUCGAAGAGACGGCUCAGAGCAGGAGGUUAAGGUUAGAGUCUAGUUGGACACUUUGGUGCAAAUAUGAAAUAAAAUAAAGCG